UGACGAUGGCACUAUUAAUGAACCCCUCACAUUUCAGAAUCCUCAGUAUUUCUGUACCGACUCCUAUAUCUACGCUUAUCCAUCGUCAAUAUCGCGAGAGAAGAACAUGGGCCUUAUCUUGGUUACUGCUCUGGGCUUGCUGCCUGUUUUGCUGAUAUACAGAUACGUCAUCCAUCCUGUCUUUUUCUCCGCGCUAUCUCGUAUACCCGCACCGCACUGGACAUGCCAUAUUAGCCCUCUCUGGAUAUUAGCAGCAAGGAAGUGGAGGCGAGAGAAUACAUCACUGUAUCGUGCACACCAAAGACUUGGUCCGGUGAUUAGAAUUGGUCCAAAUGAAGUGAGUGUCGACGGUCUAGAAGGCAUGCGAACCAUAUAUCAAGGGGGGUUUGAGAAAGGUCACUGGUACAGCGUCUUUGAUAAUUAUGGGGUUCCAAACAUGUUUGCCACUGGCAAUUCAAAGCCUCACUCCCUAAGAAAGAGGAUGAUUUCGAACGUUUACUCCAAAUCGUACAUACAAUCAUCUCAAGCGAGUAAAUUGCAAAUGGCCGAGAUACUCGUCAACCGCCUCUUGCCCGCACUUGACGGGUCUCUUGAAUCUUCCCGCAAGCCGAUAUCUACAGAUUACAAUGAUGUCGAAGUAUUCGGUCUUUAUCUAGCAACGGCCAUGGAUCUCAUCACUGCCUACAUAUUUGGUCUCUCUAACGCUACAAACUUCAUUGCUGACGAGCCUUAUCGCCGUGACUGGCAGGACAUGUAUCUUGCACGGGCCAACUACCCUUUCUGGACGCAAGAAGUUCCAAAAUUGACAAACUUUUGCAAAAGAUGGAUUCCGUGGCUCAAUCUCUAUCCACAAUGGGUUGAUCAAUCCAACAAGAAACUCUCCGACUGGAACUGGGAACUCUGCGAGAAUGUCCGGAAGACGUCCAAGGCGAAAAAAAGCCCCGGUAACAGUCAAGACAUUAAAUGCUCGGACGAGCCAGUAGUCUACAACUCACUGCUUGCUGGGAUAGAUCGCGAGUUCAAGACCAAUGGAGAAAAGAGCAUCCUAUACAGCACGAGCAUUCUUCAACGAGAUCGAGCCAUUGCGUCUGAGGUUAUGGAUCAUUCUCUGGCUGGACAGGAGACUGCUGGAAUUGCCCUCACUUAUGCAACAUGGCAUAUUUCAAAGUCUCCAGAACUUCAACGACAGCUUCAUGCUGAGGUCCAGUCUCUUAAGCCGUCUUUGAUGACUGACCCAAAAGCUGCAUCUGGUAUCACGAACACGUCGGCUUUGCCAGAUCCUAAGAAAGUCGAUUCCCUAUCACUCUUACACGCUAUUGUCACGGAGACACUGCGUCUCCACGCGCCUAUUCCAGGACCUCAACCACGCCAGACACCUAAAAAUGGAUGUAGCAUAGGAGGGUAUUAUAUUCCAGGCGACGUGAGGAUCGCAUCACUGGCGUAUACAUUACACCGGGACAAAGAAGUAUUCCCCGAACCUGGGGAGUGGAACCCGGAGCGUUGGGUGGAAGAGAAAACCCGGAAAUCGCCAGAGGAUGAAGUGAAGCAUCGCGAGAUGCAGAGAGUUUUCUGGGCUUUUGGAAGCGGUGGACGGAUGUGUGUCGGCUCCAACUUUGCCAUGAAUGAGAUGAAGUUUAUUUUGGCGUUCAUCUAUGCCAACUUUGAGACGUCCAUUGUAGAUGAUGAAGGUAUCGAGCAGGAAGAUGCUUAUACGGCGAGACCAAUUGGCGAGAAGCUGGUCAUCAGAUUUACUCCUUUGAAGACAUGAGACGGAAGACGAAUUUGGACAAUCAUUUAUCUCGCUAUAUAUUUACUUUUGUCGGUCUGUACCUUUUCCCUUUUCUUUUCGACAGGUCGUCCCGCGCUAAGCUCGAGCAAUACUUGAACGGCCGCUAAGGCUGUUGAAAGCACAGAGUACAUCAAGUAGGCUUGAUGACUUGACAUUCACGAUGACUUGAUAUCAUGAGGGGCUUGGCUUCGGAAAGUUCUGAUCAACACUAAGUGCUGCUUCUUGACUUUCAAGGCCGGCAUGUGCCUUGGCUACCUGUAUGCAAGGAUGGAAUAUACAGGACAACUGAGUUACCUUGAAUGACACUCGACUUCCAGGGCCAAAACGUCUCUCUCUUUGUGUAACUUUAUAUCUUUAAGUCUCAGAACCCGCCUUGACGGUAUGGUGCAAAC